ACUUUGCAGUAAUUCCGGAAUCACUGUUACAGCCACCAAUGUUCUACGCAAGUAAAUUGGAUAUUUUUAAUUACGCUCGUUUGGGUUUUGCCAUUGGCCACGAAUUCACCCACGUUUUGGAUAUCGGAGCAAAAAAGAUUAAGACAGACGACGGCAAAUCGUUUUACUGGUGGACAAAUGCGACACAGAACAAUUACAAUGCGAGAACGUACACCUUAGUGGAUUUCUACAACAAUAUUAGCACGAAGAACGACAGCAUCGAUGCACGGCAAACUCUCGUCGAGAACACCGCCGACAACGGCGGAUACCGCGCUGCUUACUUGGCUUUUCAUAAUUUUGUGCGCCGCACGGGAUACCGCAUCAAACUUCCGGGCUUAGAAGCCCUGAAUGAGAAACAGCUGUUCUGGUUAAUAGGGGCUCAGACAAUGUGCACCCGUCAUCCAUCAGAUUCCGGUGGAACGUACGCACCGUACCGAUUGCGCGUGAUGGGACCGUACAUGAAUAGUGUGGAUUUUGGUGCAGCUUACAACUGUCCGUUGGGAUCUCCCAUGAACCCUCGAACUAGGGCGUGGUAGAGAUGGUUUUAGGUUUGAAUCAUGCUUUCACAAAAGCGGGAAGACUGGUAAA